AUGCUUGACCUUGACGAAACCAUUGAGGCCAUACAUGCCUGCAAACAUAUUCCAGAGAAAGAUGUGGAAGAGUUGUGUACCAAGGCUAUAGAGUUGUUGAUUGAUGAGGCUAAUAUUCAACAAGUGGAUACCCCAGUUACCAUAUGUGGAGACAUCCAUGGACAAUUGCACGAUCUUAUUACACUCUUCAAAACUGGUGGCAAAUGUCCAGGUACUAGAUACUUAUUCUUGGGUGAUUUUGUCGAUCGAGGGUUCUAUUCAUUAGAAAGUUUCCUAUUACUCUUGGCAUUGAAAGUAAGGUAUCCUGAUAGAAUCACCCUUAUACGAGGAAAUCAUGAAUCCAGACAAAUAACCACCGUGUAUGGGUUUUAUGAUGAAUGUAUAAGAAAAUAUGGUUCAGUUAAUGUGUGGAGAUAUUGUUGUGAAGUAUUUGAUUAUCUUUCCUUGGGUGCAGUCGUUGGUGGUAAGGGAGGUGUAUUCUGUAUACAUGGAGGACUUAGUCCAGAUAUAGAAACCAUAAAUCAAAUCAGAGUACUAGAUAGGAAACAAGAAGUGCCACAUGAGGGAGGAAUGUGCGAUCUUUUAUGGUCAGAUCCUGAAGAUGUCCCUGGAUGGGCCAUUAGUCCAAGAGGUGCUGGAUAUCUCUUUGGGAAAAACGAAGUGGACAAAUUUCUACAAGUUAAUGACAUUUCUCUUAUCGCAAGAGCACAUCAGUUGGUGAUGGAGGGCUACAAGGAAAUGUUUGAUCAAGGGUUAGUGACAGUUUGGAGUGCUCCAAAUUAUUGUUACCGAUGUGGCAACUUGGCCCUGGUCCUUACGAUUGAUGACGAUCUUACAAGAAACUACAAAGUGUUUGAAGCGGCAACCCAAGAUGUUACCUCCAUUCCAUCCAAAAAGCCGGCCUUGGAUUACUUUAUCUAA